CCUACGGAAUUAAAGAUGGAAAGCUGAUAUUUCAACUCUCUUUCUUUCUGUUGUAUUUCUGUAGAUCCAAGCAAGCACAGUAUUAUUACUGUCAUCAUCAAUCAAAGUACUAGUCGGCCACCGCAUCCGCCCGUACAUUCGAAACUGCCAAUCGAGAUCUUCUAAUCUUCUUCUUCUCUUCUUAAUUUUUUCUUUCUCUCUCCGGUUUUUUCUGAACCGGACCGAACCGGAAAUAUGGGAGUGCCAGCGUUUUACCGGUGGCUCGCGGAUCGAUACCCGCGAUCUAUUGUCGAUGUCGUGGAGGAAGCAGUACCCGCCGGCGGUGUUCCGUUUCACGUUGAUGUAUCUAAACCUAAUCCUAACGGCAUGGAGUUCGAUAAUUUGUACUUAGAUAUGAACGGUAUCAUUCAUCCUUGUUUUCACCCUGACGGCAAGCCAGCACCUACUACCUAUGAUGAUGUAUUCAAAUCUAUGUUUGACUACAUUGAUCAUCUCUUUACAUUGGUUCGUCCGAGGAAGCUUCUUUAUCUUGCAAUUGAUGGUGUUGCACCAAGAGCCAAAAUGAACCAGCAACGUUCUCGACGUUUUCGAGCUGCAAAAGAUGCAGCUGAGGCUGAAGCUGAAGAGGAAAGGCUAAGGAAUGAAUUUGCCGACCAGAUAGAACUUUUGACGUCUAAAGAAAAACGUGAGACUCAUGACUCAAAUGUCAUUACUCCUGGCACUCCGUUUAUGGCAGUGCUGUCGGUGGCACUUCAGUAUUACAUACAAACUAGAUUGAAUUACAACCCUGGCUGGCGGAAUACAAAGGUCAUGCUUUCUGAUUCAAAUGUUCCUGGCGAGGGAGAACAUAAAAUAAUGGAAUAUAUUCGAUUACAGCGUAACCUUCCUGGUUUCGAUCCAAAUACUCGACACUGUUUGUAUGGAUUAGAUGCCGAUUUGAUUAUGUUGGCUUUAGCUACACAUGAGAUACAUUUUUCAAUAUUGAGGGAGGUAAUUACUUAUCCUGGACAACAAGAGAAGUGUUAUAUGUGUGGCCAAGUUGGCCAUCUUGCAGCUGACUGUCGCGGUAAGCCGGGUGAUGACGAUACACCAAUACACAAGAAGAAAUAUCAGUUUCUUCAAAUUUGGGUGCUGCGUGAAUAUUUGCAAUGUGAAUUGAUGAUUCCCAACCCUCCAUUUGAGAUUGACUUUGAGCGCAUAGUAGAUGAUUUUGUAUUCCUAUGCUUCUUUGUUGGCAAUGACUUUCUUCCGCAUAUGCCAACAUUAGAGAUACGUGAGGGGGCUGUGAAUUUAUUGAUGCAUAUCUAUAGAAAGGAAUUCACUGCCAUGGGUGGUUAUCUUACUGAUGCGGGUGAGGUUUUCUUAGAGAGAGUGGAGAAUUUCAUUCAGUGUGUUGCUGUUCAUGAAGAUCAAAUAUUUCAGAAACGAGUUCGGAUUCAGCAGGCUCAAGAAAUUAAUGAAGGGAUGAGAGCUAGGGCACGAGGAGAAAUGCCUGAAGAGCCCCGUGCCUCACUUACAGAUAAGGUUAAGUUAGGAGAGCCUGGAUACACGGAAAGGUAUUAUGCCGAAAAGUUUGGUGCGUCGAAUCCAGAAGAGAUCGAGAGAAUUAAGAAAGAUAUAGUCUUGAAAUAUGUAGAAGGCCUUUGUUGGGUUUGCCGGUAUUACUAUCAGGGUGUCUGCUCAUGGCAGUGGUAUUACCCGUACCAUUAUGCUCCUUUUGCUUCUGAUCUUAAAGAUUUAGCCGAUCUGGAAAUAACUUUUUUUAUGGGAGAACCAUUCAAACCAUUUGACCAGCUCAUGGGGACUCUACCCUCUUCAAGUUCAACUGCACUGCCGGAAAGAUAUCGAGAUUUGAUGAUUAAUCCUUCAUCACCUAUUCUUCAAUUCUAUCCUUCUGAUUUUGAUAUCGAUAUGAAUGGCAAAAAAUAUGCAUGGCAGGGUGUUGCCAAGCUGCCAUUCAUUGAUGAGAAGAAGUUGCUUUCUGCCACAAAGACGCUUGAAGGCACAUUAACGGAGGAGGAACAUCUCAGAAAUAGUAAGAUGCUUGAUUUGCUUUAUGUCAGCUGUGCGCAUAAGUUGGUUCCACAUAUCCUAUUCUAUUACCAUAAUUAUAGUCAUUUGUCUUAUGGAGAAAGACCUGUUCUGCCAAUUGACCCAAGUGCUAGGUUAGUGAAUGUGUUGGUAAUUGUAAUUAAUCAAAUUCUCGUUAGCCUUUUAUUAGGGCUCAUGUGCUUGUCAUGUUUUGUUUUUAUUGGCAGCGAUGGUAUGAAUGGAUUUUUUUGGUCAUAUGAAAGAAAUGUGUUCAGAAACGUUGUAUCUUCUCCCAUCAGAGGCUUGCAGGAUAUCGCGGGCAAUCAAGUUUUAAAUAUUACUUAUCUUAAUCCUCGUAGUCAUAGGCAUAUCCCAAAACCUCCGGAUGGUGUAGUAAUGCCCAAAAAGAUAUUAAGAGCCCUUGAUAUUAAACCUUUUCCUGUGUUAUGGCAUGAAGACAAUAGUAGGCGGCAUCAAGCCAGAGAGAGACAACAGGUACCUGGAGCAAUUGCCGGACCUCAACUAGGAGAAGCAGCUCACCGUCUCGUCAAAAACUCCCUUCAGUUCAAUAAUAAUACAUCCUAUGGAUUGCCAGACCAGAUUCCAGGCCAUCAUACAAUGAACAGGGUCAGACCAGCUGGAUCCUCUGGAUCUGGAAAAUAUUAUGGUGAAGAAUCAAACAGUUAUUAUGGACAAAAUUACCAUCCGCAGGGCAUAAUGAAUAGGCCUAGGUUCCCAAUGCCAUCUAAUGGUUGGCAAAAUGACAGACAGAAUAUUAGGAUGCAAGAUAGGUCGCAACAUCAUGAACAGUUCCACAACAUGAAAACUGGAUUUCAUGCUUUGACAAUAGAUGAAGGUGCAAGACCUAGGUCGUCUGCAGUGCCUUCACCAAAGACACCUGCAAUGAUGUUAAUGAGGCCGCAAAAUACAGGGCACGCAAUGAAUCUACAACCACAAUUUGUUCAGAACAUUGGUCCUCCUAUACCACCUCCAAAUUGGAUUAGUAAAGCUCCAGAUACAAAUGGAAUAUAUGCUAGGCAUCAAGAAGCUCCAUUAGGGGGAGCAUAUGAUAAGCCCAUUAAGAAGGUGUACCAAAUUAAAACUCGUAAUCCCCAAGAUAUGCCGGAGCAAGGGAAUCAAGGAUGAUUGUUGUGGAUAUAUUUGAAUUACUUAACCGGAGUGCUCUUGCUAGAUGCUUCUCUCAGCCCCAGAUUGGAGCUCAUCCAAGUUCAUUACUGAAGUUUCAGGGGGCAUUUAUUUGAUAUCAUAAAUUCGUAAUGCAAUAGGCAGACAAAUGCUUUUAUCUGCCUAUCCUACACAGCACUUCCUUGAUAGUGGUCCAGGCCUAUAUCGGUUGGAAAGGUACGAGAGCCGUGAGAUGUUCAUUAUUUUGCACAUUCCAAGUUCUGUAAUCAUCGAGCUGGUCCAGGCCGUUGGUGGAUAUCAACAAGUUUACCGUAAAACAAGUGUUACUAAAAUUGCACUGAGCUCAGGGCUCAUUCAAUUGUUGUCUUUCAUUUUUUAACCUUCAAUGUUAUGUAACAUUUAGACAGGUGGAAUAGAUGAAUUAAAUUAAAUGUCUGUAUAAGGUAAUCCAAUCAAUCUAGGUUCCAAAGAAAUUGUACAGGGGAGACCGCAAAAAUGAGAGGUAGAAUGUUGCUCCUUGCUAGUCUAUAUCAAGUUUUUUUUUUGGUAAAGAGUCUAUAUCAAGUUUUAUUACUUGAAUUAUUUAAAAUGUAAGUUAUCUUUACACUU